UCAACAAAAACCAUCAAUUAGCGUUGGAAUCACCGGGAGAAGGAUUUCAUAGUUAUGAGCUCAGGUUAUGUAUCUAAGCUAGAGAAUCUCCACAUGUACAACUUUCUCUAAACCAGCGGAUGCAGACAGGAUGUUCAGGUAACAGCUCCAGGGAAGUGUAGGAUGGAGGAGCGAACUGUGGCCACACGGUGGCAGCAGAGAGCUACGGGCCCAGGCUGAGGCGUUCAAGGAGCUCAAACAGUGUGGGAGCAGGACGGACGUCGGUCCUGACGCAGAGGUGAGCAACGCUGCUUGGGUUCACUAUUGUGAGUGAAAUGUUCUUUCAGCCACUCGUACCAACAGAAGCCUUUAUCUUCCUGUUUGUGACCUUUUAAUAUCUUUUCAGGGUUCGUGCCUGAGUCCAGCGUCCACUGCAGCUCUGAUGGUGAUAAAUAAGGCUGAUCUAUGUGACUGAGCUGCUGAUGUCAGAGGAUUUAAACGUGAGUGGUCAAAGAUGACGGUAUUUCAGGAGCUCAUUAGUUUGGGUCCCGGAGUUCCUCAUGGCCAUAAAGAGGAACCUCUGAACUUGCCCAAGCCCAUAUAUACCCCCUCACACUUUACCUUGGACUCACUCUCUGCUGCCUUCCUCAGCGACACUUUGGAGGUGAGAACAAACUUUUCUUGUGUGGGUGAUGGUUUUUAACAGGGUUCUCUAAUCUUUUGUGUGGUGAGUUCUGACUCUCUUGCAGCUCAAUGAUCUGUUUGUGUUCAUGUAGUGCAGCAAGCUUUUAGUUUACGUUACAGUUUGAAAUGCGUUUUCCUAGAAGCUAUGAAACAAUGAAAGUGACCAAAGUGAUCAAAACCAUGUUUUCCCUUAUUUUUAUUCAUUUACUUUUUAUUCUUUGUUGAUGAUCUCACAUUUAAAUGUUGUGUUGAAAGUUUAAUAAUUGUAUCCAAACAACUAAAGUUAAAUCUUACUUACUUAUGUAAUGUUCUUAGAUUACAUUUACAAACUAGAACCUUAUGUUCUUAAUCAAAUGAUUAAUCUUGACAAUUACAUCAGUUAAAUAUGUUUCCUAUUUAUCUAUAGUUUGUUAAAAUCGAAACCUCUUCUGUAAAAUUCACACUGUGGUAUUUAACUAAGUUGAUAUCACAUCACAGCAUGUGAAGUCCAGGUGAUCACAGGUGCUGCAAACAGCAUCAUUCAGUGAACUGAAGUGUCCAGAAAUCUGCAGUUUCUUGCAAAUGAAACUAAACUUUUUUUGAUAAAUGAUCUGAUAAAUUAGUUAAUGGGAAUCAAGUUUGGUUUCAAAAGCACAUGUUCCUGAUCAUAAAAGGAUCAUCAUAAAUGUCGCCGCUGACCCUGGACCCUGAUCCAGGAUUAGCCGCGACCCGAUGGGGACCUCACAGCCGUGACCUGGCGUUUCCCAAAUCUAACGCUCUAUUUUUAUAAAACAAACAGAUGGCAGAUGUUUGGUUUGAGGUGUAACCAUCCUGAUGAAUCACUAAACUGUGCUGUUUUAUUUAGUGUUGGUGACCUGAUAUUCAAACCUCAACAGCACGUGAAACCAAGAAAAAGUGAAGAUGUCUGAAGGAAAGAAGAUGACUUCAAGCCGCAGACAUCAUCUCAAGAGCCUGAUGCUGCAGAUCGCUGCCAACCUGUUGGAGCAGGAAGCCAGCGACGCUGCAGCCGCCAAAGAGGCCUACAUGAUGGAGAAGUGCCCCGCGCCCGACCUGAGCGGAGACCAGGCGGCUCUGAUGGAGUUCUGCAAGAAGCUGCACCUGUGCCUCGACAAGAUCGACGAGGAACGAUACGACACUGAGGCCAAAGUGGCCAAGGCAAACAAAGAGAUCGAGGACCUGAAGCUGAAGGUGAUCGAGCUGUCUGGGGUGAAGAAGCCGGCGCUGAAGAAGGUGCGCAUGUCGGCCGACGCCAUGCUGCAGGCGCUGCUGGGAGGGAAGCACAAGGUCAACAUGGACCUGAGGGCCAACCUGAAGCAGGUCAAGAAGGAGGUGAAGGAGGAGGCUGUGGAGGCGAUCGGCGACUGGCGCAAAAACAUCGAAGACAAAGCCGACAGGAAGAAGAUGUUUGAGGCUUCUUAAGGACUUUCACGCCUCCUUUCUCGCAUGUAAAUUGUUUUCAGUCCUGCAAAUCUUCCCCCUCUGUCACGUUUGAAUGUUCAUGGAAUUGGAAAAGCACAUGCCAUUAAACUUGUAUUUGGAAUAAGGAGACGCUGCUGCGAUGCUUCAUCCCGAGUUGUAACAGCAACGGAGGGUUUGUAGUCGCCCACAGGCGGCGGUGACCUCUGACCUCCCACAGAGAAGCAGGCCGAUGUUUAUUAGUCAGUCAGAGUCUGCUGUGCUGACAUUGAACCACUAGGUGUCAGCAGUGAGCCGUUCAAACUUGCUUCACACUAAAUGAGCCAAAACAGGACUUUUUUUAACACAUAUGUUACAACGUGACUGCAGCAUGAAGUCUACACACGGUGAGUAGCUGUGUUUUCCUCUUUUCAGUUUUCUAUUCUGAGCAUUUCAAAUAUUUUGCUGUUUUGAUAUGAAAUGAGUUUUGUGUUAUUGCUGAGCAUCACUGAAGGAAACGCGUCUGCAAAUGACCGCUGAAGCUUUGUCAGUUACAGAGAAAACCCUGUAGUUAUUGAUAUCGCUGCAUAUUCAAUUAAGAGGAAUAAAACUGAAACUAAAUCCUGAUUGGCGUAAAUCAAAUCAAAUAUUCAGAUUAUCACAAACCGUAUAAGUGUGUAACUUAGUGAAAGCUGUGCAGCCAAUUAAUAAAGAAUUAAAUGAG